AUGGAGUUUCUUGAUUCAGACAACCGUCUUUUGACUUACAAUGGGAAAGUGGCAUCAAGGGAUAUAGUACAAUUUGUCCCAUUUCGCGAAUUUAUCGGUUCUGCAUGGGGCAUAACGCCAGAAGAACAAGCUAUUCUAAAAACUCUCUUGGGCCGAGAAGUGCUAGCAGAAUUGCCAGCUCAGGUGUGCUCAUUCAUGAAGGCAAAUUCAAUUGUACCUCUUCGAUCUCGAGCCCCAUCAGAAUGCGCUAUGAAAAAACCACAAAUAUUCUCCCAUAAACAAUUGAAAAUUAACUCAAGACUUGGCAACAUAAAUUCUACAGUAAAUCCUGAUCAGCAACAAUCAGGAAUGAGUUUACAGAACUUACCUCCCGAUAUUGAAAGAUUUUCUGAAUCUGCAAAACCUCCAUAUCCCGAAUUUUAA